AUAGACGGGAUUUUCUCAAAAAAAAAAAAAAAAGAUACACAGGAGUCUUCCCCGGCUCCCCCCUCUCUCUCGCUCGCUCGCUCGGCCGCCUUCUUUCCAAGCGGCGACGAUAGGGGAGUGGCGCCGCCCUUGCCAGUUCUUCGUCGGACGCUUCGCCGUCCGACAAGAUCUGACCAUGGAUUUUACCUACUAACUUUGCAAAAAUUAUUGAGUGUACAUGUGUACACCCAUGUCCAAUACUGGGUCCGCCCCUGCCUCCAUGUUAGAGGAGUUGGCGAGGGAGGCAACAAUCGACGAUGUGGCGGUUCUCGUGGAGGGGAAUGGCGCAGAGCAACAUGGCAAUGGCGAAGUGCUGAAAAGUGCUGAGGUUCCCCAGGAUUUGGGGGGGAUUUCGGCCAAGGAGGUGCCGCUGCACGAGGGCAAGGAGGUGAUACUCGUGGAUGAUAAUGAUAGUGGACAGGAAGAUGGUGGGAAGGCUAAGGUGGAUGAGAACACGCCACGUUUCGGGCUGAGAUUCAAAACUUACGAUGAUGCGCUCAAGUACUAUAAACAAUAUGCGGAGGAUUCUGGGUUUGCAGCGAUCAUUCUGAAGUCAUCCUAUCUAAAGUCUGGGGUGUGCCGGAGGUUGGUGCUUGGAUGCAGUCGAGCUGGGAGGGGGAGAGCAAAUGCGUGCUAUCUGUCUAGAGAGUCAACCAAGAUCAAUUGCCCAGCAAGGAUCUCGUUAAAGUUAAGGCAAGAUAGGUGGCUUCAUAUUGAUGAUGCUAAGCUCGAGCACAAUCAUCCACUUAACCAGUCUUCCGCGUCACUCACUAAUUGUUACAAAAAGCUAACAGAUGCCAAGAAUGGGGAACCUGCUUCACGGUUGAAGGGUCGCAGGAAUGCUCCAUCUGAAAAAGAGCAAGGGAACUUUACUGAGAUAGGAAGACUUAAAUUCGGGGAAGGAGAUGAUGAGUAUAUCCAGAAGUUUUUUGGGAACAUGCAGAACAAGAAUCCUUACUUCUUCUACUUAGUAGAUUUGGAUAGUCAAGGGCGUUUGAGGAACUUGUUCUGGAGUGAUGCUAGGUCAAGGGCAGCAAAUGAUUACUUUGGUCAUGAUGUUGUUUACUUUGACACCUCAUACUUGACAGAAAAAUAUGAUUUGCCACUUGUUUUCUUCACUGGGAUGAAUAACCAUGGGCAGCCUGUUCUCUUUGGUACUGGUUUACUUUCAGAUCUAAGUGCUGACAGUUAUGCUUGGUUAUUUAGGGCAUUUUUAGCAUGCAUGAAGGGUCGCUGCCCAAAGGCAAUCAUCACUGAGCAUUACAAUGCUAUUCUAGAUGCUGUUCGAGAAGUUCUCCCUGAAGUUAGACAUCGCCUUUGCCUGUAUCGUAUUAUGAAAGAUGUAUCAGAGAAUUUGAAAGAACAUGCAGAGUUUAAAACAAUCAAGAAUGCUCUGCAGAAAGUAACAUAUGGAUCUUUGAAGAUCCCAGAGUUCGAAGCAGACUGGAAGAAGAUUAUCGAGGAGCAUGGACUUGGAGAAAAUGAGUGCCUCAGUUCCUUGUAUGAGCACCGCCUACUCUGGGCACCUGCAUAUCUCAGAGACAAAUUUUGGGCAGGCAUGUCUAUUUCACAGUGUGGGGAGUCUAUUUCCUCGUACUAUGAUGGUUUUGUGUACCCAAAAACUUCUUUGAAGCAAUUUUUCAGUAAAUAUGAGAUGAUAUUAGAGAACAAAUACAAGAAGGAGUGGCAAGCAGAUGAAGAAUCCUCCCAUAGGACUCCAUUAACAGUAACAAAGUUCUACAUGGAAGAGCAGCUGGCCAAAGCCUACACAAUAAACAUGUUCAGAAAAUUUCAGGAUGAGUUGAAAGCAACAAUGUAUUGCGAUGGUAUGCCAAUUAAAGUUGAUGGUCGACUUGUCACUUUCGAAGUAAAAGAGUGCUCAUACAUGGAAGAUGGAAAGGACACAGAGAGCAGGACCUAUGAAGUGUACUUUUGUAAAGAAGAGAAGGUUGAAAUUGAGUGUGAAUGUGGUUUCGUUCAGUUCACCGGCGUCCUAUGUAGGCAUGCAUUAUCUGUGUUGAAGUUGCAGGAGAUAUUUGAAAUCCCAUCAGAUUAUGUUCUGGAUCGCUGGAGAAGGGACUAUAAGAAAUUGUAUUCUAAAGCAAACAAACCCAAUGAAAUGCCCCUUGGUGGCAUUGUUGAACGCUCUGAUUAUUUGUUCAGUCAAUGCAGUCAGUUGCUCAAUCUAGGUUUUGUAUCUGAGAGAAGGUACCUUGUUACUCUGAAGUUACUGAGAGAAGCAGAAAGAUCUCUCCUGGAAGAUGGACUAGCUGCUAGAGACAGGCAGUCAACACUUCUUUCAUUUGAGGCUGAUGCACCAGAAAAUGGUCAAGGCCUUUUCAAUCCCCAGUUUUCAGAGAGCGUAAAGCAUUCUCAAUCAGCUCAUGCAAAACGUCGCGGUCGGCCACUGAAGAAAGUGACAGAGUCUAAUGCUGAAACUGUAACACAGCCAAAUAAAGAACAGGAUUUUCUGCGGUCAUCAUUUGUCACAGACGAUACGAAUAUGAUCCAAGGGUCCUCAGCCUCGCAUCUUGAAGGUCCUCACAUGGGAGUGCAAGGAGGAAUUGAUUUAAUGGAAGGAAUACCAAAUCUCUCAUUUAGUAAUAAUUUUGGAAUGGAUAUCAAUCACCAACAUCAAGUACCCAGCCACCAAAGGAUGCAGCAGAGCAAUUUCAUGCAGGUGCAGGUAGAACCCCAUGGGUUCACAAAUCAGUGGGUUUACCACCCAAUGUUGCAGGAUAAUCCAGUGCUAAGAACUCCUACGAGAAGAACAGGGUAGUGCGUGUUGUUUGCAUUAAUGUUUCAGUAGAAUUUUGGUACAGUGACUUCUCUGGCUCCUGUAACGACUGCCUGAAGUCCUGAACUAACCUGAGGACACGGAGGCUGUGGCACUCUUGACGGCAAGAACUUGGUGAGGGUCCACUGGAUACUAACAUUUUUGUUCUCUGGUACUGUUAGCUGUAGCUGCUGUGACCAGGCUGAAAUUUUCAAGCUGUACAUAACCAUUAGCCCCAUGUGUAAAUCGUCCAACGCUAUAGAUUAGGUUAUUAGAGGACUUUACGUGCCCCUGCAAAGUUUAGUGGUCAGAAUGUUUCUGGAUACGGCACUGCCGCAUACAAUUAGGAAAACUAGGAUUUUCCAUUGCUUUCUGGCAAGGCUGGCAGCUUUGUGCGGAAAAUUGUCAGUUUUUGAAGGUUGUCCUUGUCACCGUACAGGGUGCGUCCGUACAGAUAUGCUCCGGACUCUCUUUUAUAAUUGCCUACUGCGUGCCAGUUUUGAUAAUGUGGCAGUGGACGUAUUGUUUGUUGGGUA